AUGCUGGACAUCGUUGAAAAGGGUCCUUAUGUUCCGAUGUAUCAGCCUCUUAAAAACAAUGUUCCUGAUGGCACUAUGAAGAAAACUCCAAGAGAAAACUGGACAGCAGACGACAAGAGAAAACAUGGUUUGGAUGUUCGUGCUCGUGCCGCUAUUAGCUACUCAUUGCCAUACAACAUCUUUGGGCUGGUUCAAAACUACUCAGACACUGAAAAUGACUCAGACACUGAUUCAUCUAAGACUGACACUGAUGACCUUGAAAAGGUUGUAGCCAGUGCAGCUUUGAUUGUGAAGACCUUUGAAAAAUCAGGUCGAAACUUCUCAAAAUUUCAAAAGAAGAUUGGUGGAAAGUUCUCAAAAGGGUCAGGAGCUGAUAAAAAGCAUGAGCUUCUCUCUUGUCCAUUCGAUGAAUCACCUUGUGCUGAGGAGAAGUCCGAUUCUACUGAUCCUAUUAUUCCCGUUCCAUGUUCCUUGAGUCAAGAUACUGCAGCCACAUCAACAGAUAACCCAUUAGAUGCUGAUGACUCCAUUGAAGCUGAAGAUUCUCCUGAAACUGAUAAUGUGUCAGUGUCUAUCCCUCCGGAAUCAGCAUCAGUCAUUAUGGAUGUGAAAACAACAUUCCUUCAUGGUGUGUUGGAAGAAGAAGUUUUUCUAAAUCAGCCCCUAGGCUUUGUGGACAAAGAUCAUCCUGAUUACGUGUACCGAUUAGACAAAGCUGUUUAUGGACUGAAGCAAGCCCCAAGGGUUUGGUAUGAGACGCUAACAUCGUAUCUGCUUGAAAAUGGAUACAAACGUGGAGCAAUCGACAACACUCUCUUCAUUAAAGGCAAAGGCUCAGAUAUGCACGUAACAUUAGUGACACUGAGCUCAGCGCUUCCGCAAACACUGAUUGUCGCUUCACCUUCAGACAACGGCUCUUUUAUCCAACGGCUACUUUACACUCUGACAGGUUGUUACGAUGCGCCGUUCUAA